AGACCUCUACAGCAGUAAGACAGGUGACAGCACUGUUUCCUGUCCCGUGUGUGCAUGUGUGUGUGUGUGUGUGUGUAUGCUGGUGUAUUACAGAACAUUAAUGUCAGUUCAUAUCUGUGAGGCUCAGCAGAAGGAUUUGUACUUUUCACAUUAUCAUUGCCAAUCAGAUGUAAGGGAGGGGUCAAAAAACCUUAUAGGACCGUUACAGCUUGCACAUGAGCAGAGCUGGUGAGGAUCUAAGAAAGGGAACGACCAACGUCGGAUGACUGAUUACUCAAACCCAGCGUGUAGAGAUCCGUCUUUCGUGGAACAGAGGAGGAAGAAGGGCUGUGUAGUUUUUCGUUUGAACUUGAUUGAUUUGAGAGACAAAAUGAGCUUCCUAUUGGUUUUAUUACUUUUGCUGGCACCAUUUCACUCAUCUGCAGAAGCACCAUCACCGGUUUUAGCACAGGUAGGGAAUGCUGUUACACUUCCCUUGGAGCCAUGGGGGAUACCUGACAAUAUUCAUGUCAACUGGAACUUUAAUGGAGGCACUUUGUUUAGUAGAAAUCCUACAGCAUCAUCUAAUACACAAGUGCCAACAAAUUGGCAGGGACGAGUCUCUCUUACAGAAAACUUCUCUCUUCACAUUUCACCUGUUACUGAGAAUGACUUUGGAACCUUCACAUGUGACCAGCAUAAACUCGUGGACAGUAAGAUGACCACGUUCAAACUUUAUGAAGUAAAGAUGCCCACACUGCCACCAAAGCUGGUUAAUGACAGUCUCACUCUGUCCUGUGAAAUCAAUCAUGAAGGAUUUAAUCUUGUUCGUCCUACUGUACGCUGGAUAGGGCCGGAUAAUAAAAUUUACCAUGGACAAACAAGCAAGAACAAAUACACUCUCAAUUUGUUGGGAGUCUCCAGCAAUCACAAUGGAAACUGGAUCUGUGAAGUGAAUUAUGGUGCUGGUCGUAAAUUAAAUGCCAUGUCUAAUGUUGUGAUUGUAGACCUCGCACCCUCCCCAUUGGAUCCCAUCUACACAUCUGACUCCUACUCUAAUUUCCCUAUACCAUGUUUCUUUUCCUCAAAAAUUUCCUGGGCCACAGUAAAUGCCACAGGUGUGAUGGGAGGUAGCUGGAGCUUCACUUCACUUAAUGGUUCUGCACCCUUUGUUCUUCUCAAAUUACAUCUCAAUCCCUAUCCAGUCUGGAAGAUUCCCCCUAACACACAAGGCUGGCUCAUGGAGAGUGGGGUAAAAAAUAAUGACCUCGGUGUGACGAUUUCCAGGGUGUCUAUAAAUCACAGAGGAAGCUACACCUGUAGCCUGGACUUCUCGCUAAGAACAAGCAGACGUAGAGUGCAGGUUGAGGUGCUACAAGUUAUUUCCUCAGCAGGUAAAAAUAUGUAUGAGGGCAGUACCCUGAACUUGACCUGCACUCUUGGUCAUCCCAUGCCCCCUGACCUGGAAGUAAAUUGGAAAUCCCCAUAUGGUUCAUCUCUGUCAAUUCUUAGCCUUCCUCAUCUCACAGAGCUGUCUAUCCCUGGAGUAAGACUGAAGGACAGUGGGCGAUGGGCAUGUGAACUGAAAAAAAACAAAACAGUGCUUGCAACAGCUACGAUCACACUGAAAAUUGAGAAAGCUCCAGUCAAUAUUUGGCUUGUUGUAGGUAUUAUUGCUGGUAUUCUGGUCUUGAUCUUGGUUCUUGCAAUAGUUAUCUUCAGCAUCCGUAGGCGCAGAAAGGUGGUGAUGCACACACGGCGUAAGAGGAGAUUCUGCUGCUGUAAGAAUCCUCAGCCUAAAGGUUUCUACAAGACCUGAACGAAGCCUCUCCUCACCAAAGUAACCUGCUGGACUGAAAACUCUGGAUUUCCACAUCAUAAAUAAAGCUUGAUGAGCUGGAGCUU